CCUGCCUGCCCCCUCACCCUGCGGCCUCCCAAAAUAUCCCCCCGUAAAGGCACUCCCCAGCUGUACUGGUGGGGUGGUAGGUGAAGGACUAGCUAGGCUACUGUUACUGGCACUAGCGGAGGAAUUCGAGCUAUGCCUACUCCUGCCGCGAGCACCCAGCCUCGCCUUCUGGUGAUUCCUCAAGGAAAUGGAGGCGGCGGAUUCGUUGUUCGACAUGGCGGGCGUGGUAGGCGUGUUGAGCUCGAAGUCCAGAUCGACAUCCAAAUCCUCGUCAGACGAGGAACCGCUGUCGCCGACACUAGGCGCGUAGUCCAGCAUGCAGGUAGAGCCCAACGAUGAUGCAUGGGACGAGGAAUGGUGGCCACCGCCGCCAGCAUGAUGGUUCGCUAUGGGCGAGUCGGAGCCUUUGUUGUGAUUGGUGUUCCGUGGGAUUGGGAAGUAGGAAUGGUUUAGUGGUGAGGAGUCUGGGGAAGGGUGCUCGGCGAGGGUGGAAUGGUGGAGAGAGGUGCCUGUGAGCGAAGGUCGUCAGCCUACUAUCAAACCAUAGACUCCCGUCCAAUGAAUAAAUGAGCAAGUAAAUAAAGAGGCAAAGGAUGCAAUCAUACAAGCCCGAGCAAAGUCAAGCCUGGGUCUCCUGGCGACCGAGUAACCAAGCGCAGGAUCCAAAACCGGUGAUAAAGGUCCACGAGAAGGCAUCUGCAAAGAUAAUCGUCCGGGGAAAUUUAAUCGUCUUGGAGUAAAGGGUGCAGAAGCUGUUCCUGUCCCCGCCGCCGCGGACGAUGACGAUGAUGAUGAAAUCGAUGAAUUAUUGUUGAUGCUGUUGUUGCUGCUGCCGCCGUUGGUACCGGUGGCUGCUGCGGUAAGAGUAGAAGCAGCAAUCGUACUGGUUAUCCGGUCGGAUUGGCUCUCCAAGCGGCUUUGGUCAGCGGCGACGGAGGGAGCUAUUGCUGCGUGAGGGGGUGGAAGCGAGGCGGUUAAUUGAGAGGAUAGUGACCAAGCGGUGCGUCUGGCUCCCGGUAGUGGGGUGGGCGUCGACGGACGGGUACUGGAGGAAUGCAUUCUUUCCGUUGGUGAAGAAUGGGGU